AUGGCCCCUAUUGCACUUGAAGAACACGCCCAUACUCCAGGCGGGGUAGACCUCAAGCCCAAAACCACCAACAUUGCUGUUGACGACGCCCUGAGGAAAGCCCUGGAGGCAGCAGAGGCUCGCUUUGUCAAAUCACAUCCGGCAUCAAAACAGCAACAUGAAAUCGCCGUUUCCCACCUGCCGGGUGGAAACACCAGGACGCUGCUGCACACCUCCCCCUUCCCACUUACAAUGAAGUGUGACAGGUAUCUUGACUUGGUCGGGGAGCUCAGCGCAGGCAUAUACGGCCACUCGCACCCUGUCAUUCGCGAGGCCAUGGUCUCGACCUUCGACAAUAUUGGCUUGAACCUGGGGUCUACCACCAGCCAGGAACACAAGUACGCGUCACUAAUAUGUGAGCGGUUCAACCUUGAGCGUGUUCGAUUUGCGAACUCGGGCACCGAAGCCAACAUGCAUGCCUUCAAUGCCGCCAGGGUCUUCACGGGCAAGAACAAAAUUGCUGUUUUCAGUGGAGGGUAUCACGGAGCAGUCUUCAGCUUCGGCAAUGGCAAGGUGGCCACGAACGCUGUCAACAGAGAUGACUGGGUCAUUGGUAAGUACAACGACGUCGAAUCUGUCAAGGCCGUUAUCGAGGAAACUACAGACCUUGCCGCUGUCGUUGUGGAGGCAAUGCAGGGUGCGGGUGGAGGCAUCAGGGGGACCCAAGAAUUUCUAUCCCAGAUUCAGGAGUCAGCCAAGAAAGUCGGCGCGGUUUUCAUCCUCGAUGAAGUGAUGACUUCCCGUCUUGCUCCCAACGGCCUCCAGGGAGUCCUCGGCCUGAAGCCUGACCUGGUGUCACUCGGAAAGUACCUCGGCGGAGGGUUCGCCUUUGGCGCGUUUGGUGGUCGAGCAGAAAUAAUGGCUGUCUACGACCCGCGGACGACUGGCGCAGUGGCGCAUUCUGGAACAUUCAACAACAACACCAUGACAAUGCACGUUGGUCACGCAGGACUGUCGAAAAUUCUGACCCCCGAAGUGAAUAUCGCGUUCAACGCGAAAGGGGACAAGUACCGCCAAAGACUACAAGAUGUUACUAAGGGUACCAAAUGCUCCUUCAUAGGCCGUGGGGCGUUGUGGUGUGUCCACUUCUCGGACACAGGGCUGCGGGACAUCAGGUCCGUGGAGGACGUGAAGGAACGGCUGGACUUGCAUGACUUGUUCUGGUUUGAGAUGUUGGAGGACGGGUUCUGGAUCCACCGGCGGGGGUCUAUGGCUCUGAUCCUGGGUACACCCGAUGAGGAGCUGGACCGAUUUGUAGGCCCAUCAUCUUGUCCUAUCCUAUUGUCGAGUUCUUACAUGGACAUCAUCGGUGUUGUCACCUGA